AUGAUAAAAAAUAUUGUGAAUCAAUUUAUUAAAAUAUAUGGACAGGAAUAUUUAGGAGAAUGGGAUGCUAUACAGAAUUUGACAAUUAAUUCUGUCACUUCUCCCGAGAUAAUACUUAAAAACGUUCCGUUCCCUGAAAAAUUUUUCGAAUUAGCUGAUUUACCCUUGGAAAUUAUUUAUUCUAAUAUUAAAAACGUGCGCAUAAAAUUUUUGUGGUCUUCUAUAUUUUCUAGUAAUAUCAGUCCUAUAAAUAUUUAUGCAAACGAUAUAUUUCUGGUGGUAAAAUUUUCAUAUCCAAGUAUUUGGAACACCAAUAAAACAUUGAAUAGUCAAUAUGAAGUUAAAAAAAAAAAGUUAAGAAAAUGGGAUAGUGUUAAUAUAUCUAAAGAAAAAAAGGAAGAGAAUUUUCUAAAAGCUCUACCUAUAAAAUUAAUUAACUCUCUAAGAAUAUUUGCAGAAAAUAUUAAGAUAAUAUUUUUUGAUAAUCAUAUACAUACAAAACCAUUCACUCUAGAAUUUUUUGUAAAAAGUUUCAAAAUUGAUGAGUUAAGUAAAUACAAACUGAAAUUAACGGAAGAAGAGAAAAAAAAUAUAAAGAAAAAUUUGUUAAUUAAUAUAUGGAUACGAUUAAUAGGUAUUCAUAUGAUUUAUAAAGAGUAUCGAAAAAAAAUCAAAUAUAACAAGAGAGUUAAGAAGAAGGAAAACGAAGAACAAGAAGGUAAAAGGGAUAAUUCGAAAGAUGGACAUGAUAAAUCACAAAAUAAAAAUGAAACCGUUCAAGAUGAAAUGUUUCUCACAGCCAUUGAAAAUUUAUUCAGCAAAAGCACAAAUUCGCUUAAAGAACCAAUGAAGAUGCAUUUGAAAAAGAGUCAAAGCAAGGUUUUACAUAAAAAUAGGGAUGGAAAAUAUUGCUCAUUUAGUGAUUACGAAAUGAAUGAAAGAAUAAAAGUAGGAUCUUUAAGAAAGAAAAAAAGAAAGAGAGAAAUUAAUAUAAUGAAGAAAAAAGAAAAGAUGAAAAAUAUAUAUAAAAAAGAUUCUUCAGAUGGUAGUUCAUUUAAAAAAGAAGAACGUUACUAUUUUGAUAUUCCAAGAAAUAAUAUAGGAUUCAGAAUAACUCCAAAAGAAGGAAUAGAAUUACAUGUUAUAUUUAAGAAACAUGAUAUAAAAGCUUUAAAUGAAUUAAAAGAAGAUAUAAAAUAUUUUAAAAAUGUUGAAUUGUCUAUUUUAAGACAUAACAAAGUAUAUAAUAAUGAAACUGAACUGAACAAUACACCAAGAGAUGAUAUGAAUGCAAAAACGUCAUGUAACUGUUAUAAUAUUAGUAAACAAGUAUCAAUGGAUGAAAACAGUAAGAAUAAUAUUAAUAUUGAACAUAAUGAUAAUAAUAUAGACAAUUUUGAAAACAAUAAUAGUAAUAAUUAUUAUAUGAAUAAUAAUUUUCCUAUAUAUAAUGACCCAGAACAACAUAAGGUUAAUAAUAUUAAUAAUGAAAUUAUAUCAAUAGAUUAUGAUUUGAUUAUAGAAAAUGGAUUUAAAAAUGAUAUUCCUCCUACAUUCAAUAAUAUAUCAAAUUAUGAAAAUCUAGAAAUUAAUUUUACUAGCGAAUGUUUUAAUGCCUUUUUUAAUUUUAUAAAAUAUAUAGAGUUCUAUUAUUUAUAUAAAGGUGGAUGUACGAAAAUAUUUAAUAUUGUGCCUAGUAUAGAAGAGUGUAUAAAAUAUUCAGAAUAUAGAAAAAUAUGCAAUCAAAAGAAUUCAAAAAUGAAUCAUGAAUAUGCUGAAGAGUUCAUAAAUAAAUUUGAAGCUUCCUGUCCUAUUCACCUAUUAACAAAAUUAAGAUUGUUAUCAGAUGAACGUGUAUAUAGUAAAGAAUAUUUUAAUAAUAUACAGAAAGGUGAAUGGAAAAAGUUAUUUUAUAAUUUUAUAAAGAAUAGGAAAGGAAAAAAUUAUAUGAUUGAUGAAAAUUUAGAGAAGCUUGAUAAAUGGUUUACUCAUGAUAUGUUAUUUAAUUUAGUUAUACCACAAAUUAACUUUACAUAUAUUCCUUUAAAUUUGAAUCAUUAUAAUAAUAAUAAAAUAUAUUAUAAUAAAUGUUUUUUAUCUUAUAAUAUUAGUUAUUCGUUUUUAUUUAAACAGGAAAAAUUAUCAACUAUGAAAAAGAGAUAUGCUAUAUAUUUGCAUAAUUUUAAUAUUCAUUCUUUAUUUGUACUUUUUAAAAGAAAUAAAAAAUUUCUUAUAAAUAAAAAAGUUUGUCCAAUAUAUUUAAUAGAAAAAUUGGGUAUAAAAAACCAUUGUGUAUAUAAUGAAAUUAGUUAUAAAUGUAUGAAUCCUUAUGAUAUACAUCCAAAUAAUUUUAAUGAAGAAUAUUUACUGGAGCAAAAUUUUAUCACAGCUCCAAAUAUGCAAAAUGGAGACAAUUAUAAUAAAGACAUAAAUGAUAAAAAUUGUAGGGAUAAUAUUAAUCAAAAUUAUGAUAAUGAGAAAAAAAAGAAAAAUUAUAAGGGUUCCAUUUUAAAUAGUUUAGGAAAAAAUACGAACAAUAUAGAUAUACACAAUGAAUUGAAUAAUAAUUUACCUAGUUACAUAAUGAGAUCUAAUAGUACAUGUAGUAAUUAUAAAAUACAUUACGAAGAUAACUAUAAUAAUAUGGAACAUUACAAUAAUAUAGAUAAUUAUAAUGAGAAUAAAAAAUUUAGUCAUAUUAUAACAACUAAGGAAAAAGAAGCGUAUAUGAGAUCAGUUGGUCGUAAGGGGCGAAAUCAUUUAUUUUAUAAUGAAUAUUAUAAUAGUACAAUAAGUGGGCAACAUAAAAAUAUGCACAUGAAUAGCCUUAACUAUAAUAAAAAUAAUGAUAACAAUUGUGAUAAUAAUUAUGAUAAUAAUUGUGAUAAUAAUUGUGAUAAUAAUUAUGAUAAUAAUUAUGAUAAUAAUUGUGAUAAUAAUUGUGAUAAUAAUUAUUAUUAUGAGAAAAAUUACAUGUGUCAUAUAUUUUUCAAUAAUUAUAACAAAGUUAAUGACAAUAUGCCAUAUAAAUAUAUAGAUCGUAACAUAGAUGCAAAUUAUGUUGAUAAUAAAAAAAUACCAAUAGAAAACUUACAAAGCUUUAAAAAUGAAUAUAUUUCUCAAAACAAAAACAUGACUAUGAACAAAGUGAAAUAUGAGAAUGAUCUUAAUAAUAACAAAAAUAAUGUUGAUACUAAGACAGGUGAUAAAAAAGGAUUUUGGAAAUUCAUUUUAGGAAAGAAAUAUAAAGGAGAAGACAAUUCGAUUAAAAAUAUUAAAUCAAAUUCUAAUUCCAUUUUAGGAACUAAUUUUGAUUUAUUAAUAUAUAAUAAAAUUAAUAAAUUACCUAAUUGUACUAUGAUUUUUAUAAAUGAUUAUAGUAAUAAUAUUAGAGAAAUGGAUAUAUAUAUUUGUAAAUAUAUUAUAAAUAUAAAUAAUCUUAUACCUAUAAUGAAUUUUAUACCACAAAAUAAUAUAUGUCUAGAAAUAUUCCUUAAAUAUGAUAAUAUAAUAGAUAAAGAUGUCAUUGAAGCUUUAACUCUAUAUUUAAGUAUGGGUAGUACAAGAAAAAAAAUUGUUCAAGUAUGUAUUGAAAAAAUUAAAACUUAUUUUAUACAUUCUUCUUAUAUCCAUAACGAACUCGUUAAUAUUAAAUCAUUUUUAAAUAAAAUAAAAAAAAAAAAAAAAAAAUUAGUCGGAUCUAUGUAUAGUCGGGAAAUUUUCAUUGAACAUUCUAUACUUAUGGAUCCCUUUAAGUCCAAAAUGGAUGAAAAGGAAAAGUUACAAGAUAAACAAAAAACAAGAAAAAAUUAUGGAAAUAAAAAGUUAAUUGAUUCUAUACAAAAUAAGAAUUUUUAUAUAUCACCUGACAUUAACAAUGUGAAAGAGGUGGAAAAUCAUAAUGUUGAUAUUGUGAAAAAUAUUAAAAAAGACAAAUAUACAAAUGAUAAUAAUUUUGGUGACCAAAUUUCAUCUGCAUUGAAACAUAAACGUUAUGAUAAUCAGAUGAAUAAUUUUGAAAAUAAUCAUAAUAUAAACAAUUAUAAUAAUAUUCUUUAUAAAAACAAACAAAUUAUUAAAUUUGCUGAAAAUGAAGAAAAUAAUGCCUUAAAUAUACAUAAUUUGAUUUUAAACAAUUUGUUUGUACCACAAAAAAAUGUAUAUCAUAUAAAAAAGAAUAAUAGUUUUUUACUCUAUAAAGGAAAAAGAAAAAAAAGUAACUUUCUUUAUUCCAUGAGAAAUAGUUAUUAUACAUUUUUAAAAAAAUAUAUGGAAUAUAACAUCUAUAUGCAUAAAGUUAAAAAUAGUAGUUUAUUAUCUAUAGGAUUUUGUUUUCAAUUGAAAAAUAUUUUCCUUUUCCAUGAUAAAGAAGAUUCUUUAUUUUAUUUACAUUCAAAUUAUAUUAAAUUAGAGCAUUUAUUCAAUCCAUGUUUUAUUAACAAUAAACAUAAUCAUUGUGUUGUUGCAUGCAAUGGAGUUAAAUUUAGAGAAUCGUCUGAUGAUAAAACAACACACAGUUAUAAUUCAAAUAAAAUAUAUAAUGACAAGAAAAAGAAUGAUUCAGAAUGUAUUGGUGAGAAAAACAUGUAUGCUAUGAAUAUAGAUCAAACAGUAAAAAAUAAAGAAUUAUUAUUAUAUAUUAAAUCAUUAAAAUUAAAAAAAAAUAACAAUAUAUAUUCCUUAAGAAUUGAUAUAGUUAAUUGUAAUUUGAAUGAGGUAUGUAUAUCAUUAUUAUCUGUAUAUAAAUAUAUCAUACCAUAUGAUUAUUUAGAAUUAAUAAAAACACGAUUAAAGAAAUAUUAUAGAAUUAAACAAUUUCUAAUAGACAAUAAUAAAAAUACAUCUCAUUUAAGAAACUUUAAUAUAACAAAUAAAUUAUUGUACAUGGUAUUGGAUAAUUUUUUUUAUAAAAAUCACAUAAUUGAAGAAAAAAAUCAAAUGAUUCAUAAUAAAAAAUAUGGUGAUAAUAUGAAUAUUAUUAAAGCAAAUAAAAAUUAUGAAAUGUAUAUAAAAAAUUUAGUAAUCAAAAUAUUAGAUCAUGAAAAAAUAUUAUAUAAUAAGGAAGAUUUUGAACAGAUUUUUUAUAUGAUUGUAAGAAGGAAUGUAUAUAAUAAACAAAGAUUUGAUAGUUUACAUUUUAAACAAAAUGAUAUAUUAAAAAAAAUAAAUAGUAUUAGAAAUGAUAAAAAUAAAUAUAUUCUUGAUAGUACAGAGGACACAUUUUCUUUUAAUACUAUGGAAAGAAAUUCAGCUGAUUAUUUGUCUAAUGAGAAAUAUAAUAAAUAUAACAGUUCGAUAAAUGAUAUUUCGAUAAAUGAUAGUUCGAUAAAUAACAGCUCGAUAAAUAAUAUUUCUAUAAAUAAUAUUUCAAUUAAUAAUGAUUCAAUUCAUAAUGAUAGAAGGAAUAAUGAUUCAGUAUAUAAUAACUCCUUGAAUAAUUAUUCACAUUUGAUAGACAAAGAAUACAAUUCUAGUAUGGAUAAUACAUUUAUAAGUAAUAAUGAUUAUUAUAAUGUUAAUAGUUAUUCAUUUAAAUAUUCUGAAAACUAUUAUUCUGAUAUUGAUAAAUAUUCCAAUUGUACCUAUAGUUACAAUGACGAAAAAGAACAGAUAUUAAUAAAAGAAACAAAUAAAAGUAUGGAUAAUGAGGAAAGAGGAGAUACACAAAAGAUAAAGAAAUAUAUUGAUAUGAAAUUGAAUCGUAUAAAUAUAAUUAAACAAGCAAAUAAGGAAUUUUAUCAAAAUUGUAAUUAUCUUAAUUUAAUAGAUCUUUUUAUCUUUGAGAAUAUAAAUUAUGAUGAUGAAACAAUUAAUGAAGAAGACUUAUUUUUUAUAAAUAACAACAACAACAAUAAUAAUAAUAAUAAUAAUAAUAAUAAUAAUAAUAGUGCUUGUAGUGAAAAUGGUAUUACACAAAUUGAUUCAUUAAAUAGAAAAAAUAAUAUUAAAGAGAAAAUAUACUUUUUGUUAAUAGAAAAAACAAAUAUAAGUAUAAAUAAUAGAAAUGAAGGAAUGUUUAAAUUUGUAUUGAAUAAUUUUAUGAGUGAAAUAUGUCGCUUAUAUAAUGGGGUAAAUAUAUCUAUGAAAAUACAAUCUUUUUAUAUAUUUUAUAUACUAAAAGUAUGCAAAAAACAAAUUAAUGUAACAUAUGUUACGGAUAAGAAAAAUGACAAAAUUCAUGUUACAAAUGAUAAAGAAAAAUAUUUUGAAUUAUCAAGAAAAACUAAACGAAAUGAAAAAAAGAAGAAUAAAAAUGAUAAUAUUAUUAAAACAUGUAAGAAAUAUAUCAUAUUAACCGAUACAGUUAGUAAUCUUUUUAGUAUUUCAAAAUGCAAUAUGAAAAAGAAGAAAACCAAAAAUAAUUCAUUUUUUUUUGAUAAUAAUAUAUGUAUAUUAAGUAAGAGAAAGUUUGAUUUAUAUAUAAAUGAUUAUCAUAUGAAUUAUAAAAAUAUGAAACCACAAAUACAUUUAGAUAUUCAUAUUAACAAAUGGACAAAUGAAAAAAUUAUCAAAAUAUCUUUAUCGAACUUUUACUUUUUUUAUAGUUCUACAGUGUUUAUAUUAUUUAGUAAUAUAGUGAUAAAUUAUAUUUUGACAUAUAUUCAAGAAAAACAAAAGUUAAAUAUUCUAUUAUCCCAUUAUGACAAUUUCAGAAGUAGAAUAAAUUCUAUAUAUACCAAUCCACAUUUUGAUAAUAAGGGAUAUACAUAUGAUAAAAAUAAAUCAUAUACAUCUAUAGACAAAUAUACUCUUCACUUUUUGUCAAGAAAUAAACAGAAGCAGAUAAAAUUAUAUAAUGAUAAAUUUGUUAGUAUUGAUCAAAUUGAUAAUAUAUGUGACAGUACUCAACAUAGCAUAUUAGAUGAUAACAGUGAUGAAGAACUUGAAAAUAAAAAUAAGGGUAUUACACAAGAUAGUAAUAAUAAUAAAAAUAAUAUAUAUAUAAAGGAAAAAACUAAAGAGGUUAAAGAUAUGAAUGGAGAUUAUACAGAUAUAAGUGAUAAUACAUUUUAUUAUGAUAUGUAUGAAAAUGAAGAAUAUAGACAAAAAAAAAAAAAAAAUAGUAAACAUUAUUUUGACUACAAUAAAUAUAAACGUGUAGGAGAGGAUAAUCAUAUACAAGGAAUAUUAAAUGAAAAAAUAAAUGAACAGAUUAAUAAUAAUGGUUUAUACAAUAAAUUGUAUUAUCACGAUAAUAUGACAAGUUCUUUUGAAAAACAAAAUACAAUUGAUAAAAAUUUCAACACUCAUAUAUCUCAUAAUAGACAGAAAAAAACAAUUAUUAAUAGUAAUAAUAUUAUACAUGGAUCAGUUAUGAAAAAUAAUUCAUAUAGUGAAGGAAAUACAAAUAAAUCUGAAUAUGAAUUAAAUGAAAAAAAUAAAAAGGACAAGGAAAAAUAUAUAAAGAAUCAUAAGCAAACAAAUGAUUAUACUAAAUAUAAUAUUAGGAAGGAUGGUUGUCGAAACCAAAAUUUAUAUGAAAGCUUAAGAAAAUUUUCUAACUCAUAUUCUGAUUUAAAAAUGUAUGAUAACAAAUAUGAUAAAUUAAGUAAUAAAGAAAGCGACAAUAUAUCCUCACAGAAAGAAGAAAAACAAAGGUAUCAUAUUCCAAAAUAUUCAAAAUUGUAUAAGGUAGAAAAUAAAAGCAAAAAAGUUGAUCAUAUUGAAAGAGUAAAUGAUAUUCCUAAUGGUAUUAAUAGGGAUACAAAAAAUUUCCACAGUUAUAAUAAUGUAUAUUCGGAACAUAAAAUGUAUGAUGAUAAUAAAAAGAAGGACAAUAAAAUUAAUAAUAAUAAUAAUAAUAAUAUAAGUGAUAAUACACGUAGUAACAAUUUUAAGAAAGAUAUUAAAAUAUUUAUUUCUUCUGAAAAUGUAAAUUUAUGUUAUCUUGUGAAUUAUCAUCGAUUUAAAUAUAUUUAUAAGAAGAACUUUAAUAUAGAUACAUAUAUGAAUGAUUAUAUCAAUUUAAUUGAUAGUUGUUCUAAUUUUUGUGAUAAAAAUGAAAAUAAUAAUACUGAUAAUCAUGAACAUGUAGGAAUUAUAAAUAAGGAUUUAUAUAAUGUAAACUUAAACUUUUUAUUUAAGCUUGAUUAUAUGUGUAUAGAAGACAAACAAAAAAGUAUUAUGGCGUUUUUUCCUUUUUUCUAUAUUAUGCUCAUGAAAAAUUGUAAUUAUGUUAUCUCACACCUUACAGUAGUAGAUAUUAAAUAUAACUCUGAAUAUUUUUUUAAAGAAAAAAGAAAAAAAGAAGAAAAUAAGAAAAAUAAUCAUGAUAUUCAAAAUAAUAUGAGGGAUAAAUAUAAUAGACAUUUGUCUAAUUAUAUGAAUUCAAUUUUAAAUAACUCCAGUGAGAACACAUAUAAUAAUUUAAAUAAAGAAACAAAAAAGCAACAAAGUGUUAAGAAUCUUCAAAUUAUAAAGAAGCCAUAUGGAGAUAAGGACAAAACAAAAGAUGAUAUAGAACAUUGUAUGAAGUCUAAUAAAAUGGAUAAAAUGUCCUCUUCUAGUGAUAGUUGUAUAUAUAAAAAAACUAACAGGAAACAAUAUAUAGAUGAUAUUGAUUCUUAUAAUAUUAAUGAUAAAAAUAAAAAAUCAUAUGAUAUUCUUUAUGGAAAUAAUUCUCAAGAAUAUUAUGAAAAUAUUAAAAAUUUGAGGAAUUAUUUGAAAAAUGAUUUGAUUAAAAAUAUAAGUAAAUCAUCAGAACCUAAAUCAAUUGAUGAAACUGUUAAUAAUUUAUAUGAUAUACCAAAUAAUGAUAAUGAAAGGAAAUCUGAGUUCUUACUAAAAAAUGACAUUCAUAAUAAAAUGAAUUCUGUAUGUGGAGAUAAAGAUGAUUAUAAACAAAGGUCCUAUAUUAGUUAUUUAUUAAAUUAUAAAAAGAAAAAUGGUGAAAAUAAAUAUAGUACUAAGAAUAAUAUAAUGAAGCGUUUUAAUUCCUUAAUACAUUUUAUUGGAAUACAUAAUAAUACAUCUAAAGGAGCUAGUAAAAAAAAUAAAGGUAUUAAAAGAUCUCUUAGUUUAUUUAGUUUUAAAUCUUUACCUAUUCGAAGGAAAAAAUUUGGUAAAUGGAAUAGUAAUACAAUUGAUGUGUUCCAAACGGGUCAGGAAAAUAAUUAUAAGAAGAAUAAAAAGAAAACAAAAAAUUUUUUUGGAUUAUUUAAUACGGAUAAGAAUGAUAAUAACAAUAAUAAUAAUAAUAAAUAUGUGAGUUAUAAUGCAGAUUAUAAUAAAAAUAAUUCAGGACUAAAUAAAGACAGAAAUAAUAAUUUGGCAUAUGAAAAAAAUGGAAAAUAUGAAAAGGUGUCAUAUGAUGAAAAUAAAAAUAUAUCAUUCACACAUUUUGAUAAAAGGAAUGUCUCAAUACUUAAUAAAAAUAAAAAUGAGAAUAAUAUUAACAUAAAUUGUGAUACAUUAUCAGGAGAUAAUAAUAUCAAAAAUAAUAAUAAGAAUAAAAAGAAAAAAUGGAAAUUAUCUUGUUGUUCUGUAUCCAUAUUUAAUAUAAAUUUGUUCAAUUGCAUUUAUUUGAAAAAGUAUAAAAAACAUGGAGAAAUAUAUUUACAACCAUUGAUAUAUAAUUAUAAGAAUUCUAACAUAUUAAAUACUAUCUAUGAAAAAUCAGACAUGUAUGAAAAUAAUGCUUUUAAUAUAAACUACUUUGAUAUCAAUAAUAAUUUAAAAAACAUGAAUUAUAAAAAUAUUGUAAGUAAUUAUUAUAUAAUAGAAAAUGAGUUUACACUUAUCGAAUAUAUAAAUCAACUAUAUAAUCUUGAAUGGUUUAAUAAAUUCAAUUUACAUCAUUUGUAUAAUGUUAAUAGAAUACAAUCUAACUUUUCUAAUUUUAUGAAACUGAAUAAAAGGAAAGGUUCUAUUGUAUGUUGUUAUGUUCCUGUUUUUUAUAAAAAUAUUUCAUUGACAUAUAGAAAUAUAUAUAAAUGUUUAUUGAUAAAUAAAUAUAUGGAAAGCAUCCCAUAUUUAUCCAAACUAUAUAAAAACGAACAUAUGUGUAAAUAUUUAUUUGAAAAUAAAAAUAAACAUAACUUGAAUGAUAAUUAUAUUAAAGAGUAUAUAUCAGAUUUGUUAAAAAAAAAACAAUUAGAAAAAGAACAAUAUAAACAGAAAUACAGUUUUGAAUUGAAGAAGGAUAUAUUUAAUGAUAUGAAGAAUGCUGAUGUAACACAAGAUAAAAUUAAUAAGAAUAUAAUCAAGGAGAAAGGGAAUUAUUAUAAUAAUUCUAAUAUGAAUAAAAUAAAUAUGAAAGAAACAAAUAAAAAUAUGAAAUAUUAUAAGAACGAUAAAAGUGAUAGUCAAGAUCAUAAUAAUAAAAAUUACACCUAUAGUAAUAUCCCAAAGGAAUUAUCAAAUGACUUAAAAGAAAAAGGAAAUAAAAAAUAUUAUCAACUUUUCCAAACACAAAUUGUACAAAAUAUUUUUAAUUAUCGUAAUAAAAAUAAACAUAAUAAUAAUAUAGAUAAUAUAGAAAAUAUAGAAAAUAUAGAUAAUGUUAUACAAAAAGAAAUAAUAAAAAAUGAUGUAAAACCUUUGAAUGUAUCAUCUUCCUUAUAUGAUAAUAGCAACGUUUCUUCAUAUCCUUACAAUUUUUAUAAUAAUAAUAGUAAUAGUAAUAAUUGUAACAGCUUGAAUAAUUAUUUAAUUUAUAAAAAAGAUUUUAUAAGCUAUAAUUCGUGGAAACAAAAUCAUAUUUAUAUAUCACUAAAAAAAGAAGUAUCAUGUGAAAUGCUAAAAAAAAAACAGAAAAAAAAGAAAAAGUCUAUUAAUGAAGGAUACCAUUUUUAUAUUCAUUUUUAUUCUUCCAGUUUAAAUAUGGAUCCAUAUUUUUUAUCUACAAUUAAUUUUUAUUUUCUUAACAAUUUAAAUAAAAAUCUUAUAAUGUGUGAUAUAAAAGAGACGAAAGCUUAUUUUAUUCAUAAAUAUAAAAAUAUCAGAUGUUACUACAACUAUACGAUGGGUAUUGAUCAGCACAAUAAUGAUUUGGUGAAUAAAUAUAAUAUGAGUGUUAACAAUAAUAAUAAUAAUGAUAUAUAUGGAGACAUAAAAUAUGGAAGAAACGGUACAUAUCAAAGACAUUCUAUAAGGAAAAAUAGAUAUGGUAAGAAAAAAGGAUAUACAUCAAACUAUGGUGAUAAUAAUAAUAAUAUGUGUGAGAACGUUGACGUGCAUAAGUGUGAUAAUAAGAAAGAAGAGAGUUUCGGACAAACACCUUUUACAAAAUUAGAUAAGUUAUACAAUUUUAUGAAUAGACUUAAUAACAUUUGUGAAAAAAUUCUAGGAAAAUUACAAAAUAAAAAUAAUUUUAUAAUAAAUUUGGAUAUUUCCAAUAUAGAUAUUAAUAUUCUUGAUUGUUCUUAUAUAUAUGAUAGUAAAUAUUUAUAUAUUGAUCAUGUACAUCCAUAUUAUAAUAAUGAAUAUAUUUAUGUAUCUAUGGAACAAUAUGAGAAUAUAAAAAAGAAUAGUGGAAAUUAUUACAAUGAGUUUUGUAAAUAUGAAGAAAUAGAUCAUAAGAGUUUUUCCAAUGAUUUUAAUUAUCUCAUAUUUAAUGCAUUUACUAAUUAUUCAAAUAAUAAUUCUUUUUAUAUUAUCUCAAUUAAUCCAAAUAAGGUUAAAAGAAUGUCAAUAAAAAUGUCAUCAACUAUUAUAUGUAAUAAUAUUAAUAAAGAUUUGAAUUUCCAUGAUGUUUUAAGUAUAUUUGUUCAUACAUUUAAAAUGAAGUUUUCUAAAUUGAAAAUAAAUUACAUGAAGAACAUAGAAAAACAAACAAAAUAUUAUAUGUAUAAAAUGUUAGAAGAAUUGUAUAGUGAUAAGGAUGAUUAUAGUCAAAAGAAACAGAAAAGGGAGAGAACAAAAAGUAAAACAAAAACAAAUACAAGAAGAAAUAUCAACAACAAUGUAAACAAAAAUACAUACACAAGAACAAAUAAUAAUAAUAAUAAUAAUAAUAAUAGGAGUGAUAGUAUAAGUAAUUUUAAUUAUAGCUAUGAUAAAGGAAAUGGUAACAGACAUAUUACCCAUUUGAACAAUAAUAUUUUUAAUACUUUAAGUAAUCAGAGUUCUGCUGAGGAUACUAUAAAUAAUAUGUACUAUAGUUUGUCAAAAAAAAAUAAUAAAAAUAUGAUAAAUCAUUAUGAUAUGAUUAUGAAUUCGUCUAAAUCAAAUGGAGAUACAAAUCAUCAUAGUCAUCAUAAUCUAAGCUCUUCUUUGUCACACAAUGAUGAAUCAACUUCAUGCGCAUCAACAUCCUCCAUUUUUGCUUCUUCAUUAAAUUCAGUAUUAUUUUAUAAUUCUCAAGUAAGAUAUAGAAAUAAUAAAAACCAUGAAGACAUAGGCAAUACAGGUAAGGGAUAUGAAUCUAUGAAUGAAUAUAAUAAUAAUAAUAAUAAUAAUGAUAUGUUAGAUAAUAUAAAUAGACGAUAUAAAUAUUGGAAUGAAGAAAGAAUUUAUUAUGAAAAAAGUAAAAGCUUCUCUGAUAGCGUAUAUACAAAAGAAAGUUUAUGCCAAAACAAACAAAAGAAAAGUAAUUAUGUAAAUAUAGAUAAUGAACCGUUUAUGAAUAUUCCUAAUUCCUUAUCAAAUGAUUACAAUGAUAUAACGCAAAAUACAAUUAAGAAUGAUAAUGAUAGAAAAAUUAGGAAAAAAAUAAAAAGACAAUUUUAUAAGUUUAUUAAAAAGGUAUAUAAAAAUAUAUUAUCACAAAACAGAAAAAAUAAAUUAGUUUUAAAUAAUAUUGUUCAAGAUAAUAAAUGGAUUAUUGAUUUAGAAAAUUUUAUAUGUUUUAUACCAUCAUUUCAAAAAGGAUUUAAAUUGUCAUUAUAUUUAAAUAAAUUAAUAAUUUAUGAUUAUAAUAAAAUAAAUAUAUGUAAUAAUAUUUCACCCUUUAGAUUAUUUAUUAAGAAUCAUGCUUCCAAAAAAUAUUUACAAUUAUGUAAUAAAAUAUUAAAAAUAUAUGAAUAUUUAUAUAUAAGAAAAAUAUUACUGAAAGGAAAUGGAGAAGGGAAAAGAAAAAUGAUAUCGGAAAGUUUAAAAAAUCAAAUAUAUAAUAAUCAGUUUUAUCUUAUAGCAUAUGAAAAUAUGAAGAAUAUAAAUUUUCAUAUAGAUUUAAAAAAUACAAGAUUUACUAUUCAUAAUAAAACAACAAUGGAUUUAAUAAAUUUUUCUGUAGAGCUGUGGAAUAGUUUUUAUUCUUAUUUAUAUGUAUAUACUAUAUUACCUGAGGUUUCGAGUUCCUCAUUUUGUUACCUAAAUUCUUGUAUAAAUGUGGAUAAUUUUCAAAAGGGUUUAUUAUUAUAUAAUAAUAUUUUGAGAAAUUAUAUUAGCAUGUGUAAAAAUGGGAAGAAUGAAAGUAUGGCAUAUCUUAAUCGUAAAGGUUAUUCAUUAGAUGAUAAUCAUAUAAAUAAUGAUCAUAAGAAUAAUAAAAUAUUGAUAAAUGAUGAUAAUAAUUAUGAUAACCACAAUGACAUUUAUAAUAAUAUAAAUAACAAAGAAGAGUCUAAAAAGUGUUCAAUAUUAAACCAUCAUCGAAAUAAUACAAGACAAUCUGAAUACGACAAAUACGAAGAAAGUGAUUGUUGUGAUAAUACAUAUAAUAAAAACAAUUUAAUUAUAUUAGAUAAUAAUACAACGUCAAAAUUGUCUAAUAAUGAACAGACUAAUUUUUCAAAUAUAGAAAAUGAAAAAAAAGAAAAUGAUAAAUUGGAAGACAUGGUAGGUAAUAGUAAUAACUUAGACUAUUACGUAGAUAAGCUCUUUUUUUAUAAAAAUAAAAUUAAUUAUAAAUAUUUAAUUAUAAAUAAGUAUGAAUUUCAUACUGCCGGAAUUCAUAUAUCAUUAAAAGAACUCAAUGAUAAGAAUUAUUAUUUCCUAGUAUUUGUUAAUAAUAAUUUGUUAUUCUUCUUAUAUUUUUAUACAAAAUAUAAAACUAUAUUAGAUUAUGUAUCUAAUGAAAAUGUGUUUAAUCUUACCACCAAUUAUAUUUACCCAAUUGAAAAAGUAAAUUUUAGUAAAGAGAGAAAAUAUGCACAUUAUUAUAUGAAUGAAAACAAUGAGAAAUAUCAAACAAGCACUAAUGGAUAUAGGAAAGAUACGAUAAAGCUAUCCACUAUAUCAAUGUUGAAAAAAAAGAGAAAAAGAAAAAAAAAAAAAAAAAUGAAAAAAUUAAGUAAUCAUAGAAUAAUGAAUAAUUAUAAUAAUGAGAAAAGGUAUAUGAAUAAUAAUGAUAAUAUUCUCCCCCAAACAAAAAAAAAAAAGAAUAACAAAUUUGUUUAUAUCAAAAAAGGAAGUGUUCAUAUGGAUAAUAUGAAUAAUCUCAAUAAAAAAAAUAACAAUAACAACAAAAACGACAACAUCAUCAUCAACAACAAAAACAACAACAACAACAAUAAUAAUAAUAAUAAAUCAAAUAUAAACCAUUAUGUUGAUUUUAAAGAAAAUAAUGAACAAAUAGAAACAAAUAGUAUUUGUAGCUUAAAGUAUCAAAAAACCAAAACCAGUGUAUUUUCACUUGCAAACGAGAAUAAUAUUAAGGAUGAUAAAGAUAUGACACAAGAAAAACGUGGAAAUAAUGGACUAUCCAAUAAAAUUAAAACAACUAUACAGAAAUUUUUUACUAGAAAAUUAUCACAAACAUUAUUAUUAAGUAAUAAAAAGAAAGAAAAAAAAAAACAAAAAAAGGAUGAUCAUUCUUUAUGUAGUUUUAAUGGUAUACACUUUAAUCAUAGAAAAAACAAAUCCUUUUUAAAAGAACAUGAUAAAUAUAAAAACAAUAUAACACAUGAAAAAUAUCUUUCUUUGAAAAAUAAAGAAGCUUAUUUCAACAAAACCAUAAAUUUCAACAUGAAAAUUAAUUUAUUGGAAACAUGGUUUAUACAGGAUGAUUUAUUUACCUAUAAUAAUAAGGAAAAUAUAAAUAAAAAUAUUAAAAUGAGUUAUUUUUUAAAAAAAAGUAGAAAGAAAAAAAAUAAUAAUGAAAUGAUGAAGAAAUAUACAAAUAAGGAUAUAUAUAAAGGAAAUAAAACACGAAGUGAAGAAAUGGAUAAUUCAGAUAGAGAUGAAAGAAUAAACCAAACAAAUAGUAUAGAUACUGAAGUAGGUGAAAUAAUGAAGGUUGUAAAAAAAUUAAGAAUAAAAUCACUUAGUUCUAGUAACUCAAGUAAUAAUUUAAAUAUUUUAAAACUUUUAUGUAAAUCCAAAAUUUAUAAUAACACAUUUAUGGAUAAGAAGAUAAGGAAGCAAAUAUUUUAUCUAGCUAAAAAGAAAAGAUCAAUGAAUGAUGAAGUGUUGGAUGAAGAAUGUAUAAAAAAAAUGAACUUAAAUAAAUAUAGUUUGAAGAAUACAUAUAAAGGUAAUAAAAGGAUAACACUAGAUAUGGACAAGAUAGAAAUGGAAUCAGAAGAUUUAAAUAGAUCUAAAAGGUUCAGUGAGAUAUAUUCUAAUAAUAAUUUGAUGAGUAAUGAAGGAAACGAUACUAAUAAUAAUUAUGAUAAUGAAGAUGAUAUAGAUGAUGAUGAUUCAUUGUGUUAUUUGUUAAAAGACACAAACGGUGAUAAUAAUACAUAUGAUAAUGGUCUUUAUAUGCAUCAAAAAAAUCACGCCCAGAAAAAUUUUGAUAACGAACUUUUUGAUACAAUUAUAGAUAAUGAAAAACGUUAUAGAAAAAGAAGAAAAUAUUAUAAACUGAAACGGAUGGAAGAAAGAAAACGAAAAAAAGAAGUAGAAAAAAAAAGAAAGAAAAGAGAAAACCUUAAAGAAAAUAAAAGAAAUGUAUGCUUAUCUAUAAUAUUCAGUAUAAAUAUAAAUCAUAAAGAAAAGAAAAGUGAAAAUUUAUUUUAUUUAGAAUCUGAAGUAAAUAAUUUUAAUAUUAUGUUAGGAAAAUGUUAUUCGUUUACUGAAAUAUAUGAUAAACUAAAAUUAUUUAAAGGGAAAACAAAUAUGAAAUCGUCUAUAAAUGGUUCCAUAAUAUUUGAUUUAAAUUAUAUGACCCGAAAUAUAGAUUAUCCAAAAUCAAGAAGUAGCUUUUAUACAAUUAAAAAUUAUAAUGAUAAUGAUAAUAAUAUUAAUAAUAAUAAUAUUUAUAUUAUUAAUAAUAAUAAUAAUAAUGACAAGGAACAACUAAAGAAAGAGUUAGAAUAUUCUUUUUACGAUAACAGUAAUUUUUACGAUAUAUAUUAUAAUGAAAUGAAACAUAUGGAAAGAUUAAAAAUUAUACUUUGUAAUAAAAAAUUAAAAAGAGAAAGAGGGAAUGAAAUAAAGAAAGACAAAAAGAAAAUGUGUAUACAUAACAAAAAGGAUUAUAACAAUAAUAAUUAUUAUUAUGAUAAUGAUAAUGAUAAUGAAAAGAAAAGAAGAAGAAAAAAUAUAAAUAUAAAAAAUAAAAAAAAUAAAAAGGAUUUAGUAAAUAAAAAUAUAUUUUACAGUAAUAAUUUAAUAUGCCAUACAAAUGAAGAAACUAAUGAGUCCCAUAAACAUUCGAUUUAUUAUAAUAAGAGCAAAAAUAUAAACAGUUCUAAUAUUUUGUUCUUAUCAACAUAUAAGACAAAAGUACUUUAUGAAGAUAAAUAUAAUAUAUUUUUGAAUGAAAAUAAUAAUAUAUUUAUGCCCAAUAUUAAAGAAGAAAAUGAAUGUUUUUUAAAUAUGAACAACAUUUAUUUCAUGAUAAAAUCAAGAGAAGUAAAAAAGUCUUAUAAAAUAAUAUUCAAAGAGUUAUUAAUUAAUGUCACUAUUGAUAAUAUAAAGGAGUUGUAUAAAUUGUAUAAUAAUUUCCGUUAUAAUAUUUAUUUUGCAAUUUUCUAUAAAAAUUAUUUUUCUUUUUUUAAAAAUAUAUAUAUUCAUCCAUUUAAGAAUAAAAAUCAAAACCUGCUUAAAAAGUCGAGCGAAAAAUUGGAGAUUCAAAACAUUUAUUUGAGAAGUAUGCAUAAGUUUAAGGUGUUAAAAAAUCAUAUAAUGUAUAAUAAAUUGAAGCAAAUGAAUAAAAAUAAGGUUUAUAGAAUAAAUAAAAAUAAAUAUAUGUACCAAGAGGAAACAGAAGGAAAUAGAAAUGUUUCCUUUCAAAUGAACAAAUAUAAAUACAUCGAUAAAAAUAAUCAUUGUGAUAAUCAAGAUGAUAAUUUAGAUAUCAUUAGUUGCAACCAAAAUGAUAAAUAUUACAAAUAUGUGAAUAUGAACAAAAUGAAGAAACAAGAUAAUGUAGAAAAUAAUAUAAUUAUUAAAGAUAAAAAGAACAAAUCAAAAGGUUCAGAAAAGGAAAGGAUAAUAUGUAGUACAAAUAAUACUAAAAAAGUAGAAAAUAUAGAAAGUCCAAAAUGUACUAAUAAAAUAUUAUAUACAUCAUUUAGUAAUAAAAAUGAAAUAUUUAAUGCGCAAGAUAAAUAUCCAUAUGAAGAAAGUAAAUAUAUAAAGGACACUUUGAAAAAAGGAAAUGAUAAAGUGAAAGGUAAUCUAUAUAAUCUAAUUAAAGGAAAAACUAUAUAUGAACAUGGUUGGGAAGAAAACCAAUAUAACCACAACAAUAUAAAUACAUUAUAUUAUGCUCGUAAACGUUUUCUUAUAUCAAAUAUAAAUAUUUAUAAAAAGAUGGUAGACAGUUAUAUAAAAAUUCAACCUUUCAUUAAUUUAGAAAAUAAAAAUAUGAAAUAUUUUGAAAUUAUAUACAAUAUAAAAGAAAAAUAUACAGAAAUGGAAUUAUAUAAAGAAAACUUAUAUAAUUUAUAUAAUCAGAUAUUUUUAAUAAUUAAUAAUAUUAAUAAUGAGAAAAAUAUUAUAUGUCAUGGAUUGAUAUUUUUAAAAUUAUUAAAUUGCUUUUAUCCAUAUAAUAAUAAUUAUAUAAGGAAUUUACUUUAUUAUUUAUUUGUAUUUUCUAAGUAUAAUAAAUUCGCAUAUUAUUUAUGUAAUAUUAAGAAAUAUUUUCAUUAUAAUUAUUUUCUUACAUUUACCAAAAUUCUACAUACAAAUGAUAUAUGGAAUGAUAUUCAUAAAAAUGAGAAAACAAAAAAUAAUUCUACGGUAUUUUAUAAAACUAGUCAACAAUAUCAUUCGUUGACAAAUGAUACAAAACAUGGACCUCUUAUUUUAAAUACAAAUCAAAGAAUCAAUGAAAAUGUUUCUAUACACAAAGAAAUUACACAAAAUUUUAAGAAGGAAGGGAUGUUUAAAGAAAAUGGUUUUAAUAAGGAUAAAAAUAAUAUAACAUUCUUUUUAAUAAAAUUUUUACUUUAUUUUUAUCAUCCUUAUAAAUUAAAAUAUGAAAAAGGAAAAAGUAAGAUAAUAAAGAACAUAAAUUAUACCAAUAAACAAAUAAAAGGAUGGAAAAAAAAAGGAACAACAAAAAGGGAAUACGGAGAAAUCCUUAACGAUGGUGAUUAUGUCUCAUUACUAAAAAGAAUAAGCAUAAAAAAUUCUAGAAAAAAAAGAAACAAAAAUAAAAAAGAGUUAUUAAAUCAGGAAAUACAAAAUUGGAGUGAUGCAAAUAUUUUAGAUCAUGUUAAUUAUAAAAAUAAAAUAGAAAAUAUAGAUAAUUAUAAUUAUAAUAGAUAUAUGAUUACCAAUUCUGAAUUAAGUUGUGAAGACAGUUAUUAUGAUAAAAAUAGGACAAAAAAAAAGAAUACAUAUAAUAGUAUUAAUAGUAAUGAUAAUUUAACAUGUAAUAUUACAAAUUGCGUAGAAGAUAUUUAUUUAAAAAAUCAAUCCGAAACGUUGUUAGAUAAAAAAAAAGAAUUUUAUAAUUUUAAUAAGAAAGGGAAAAAAAUAAAAAUAAAAUUAGAUAUACAUAAUAUAUGCUUAAAAAUACACCAACUGAAUAAAGAGAACAUAUUAACUUUAAAUGUGUAUGAUUUAAAUUAUUAUUUAUUUACUUGUCUAUACAAAUAUGAAUUUUUUUUCUAUAAUAAAAAUGAAUGUGUAAAAUUUUAUUUAAAUGAAAAAUUACAACAUAUGAAAUUUGAAGACUUAUAUAAAAAUAAUAAAAUGAACGAAUGUGUAAAAAAUUCAAUUAGUAAUAGAUAUACAGAAAAUGAAUGGUAUGAUUUAUCAUAUUCUAAUUCUACUAUAUCAAAUAAGGAUAAUAAUUAUUAUGAAACAUAUAGGGAUGACAAUAAUAAUAAGAAGAAGCCUAACUAUAUAAAAAUGAAUUUAACAUUUAAAAUUGGUUUAAGAACAUAUGAUAAUAUGUAUAAUAUUCAAGAUAAUAUAAUUAAUCCAACUACAAUUAAUUUUAAUAUAAAAGAAAAAUUUAAAUAUUUUCCUAUCCUACAUAUUCAUUUUUCUACAACGAGUAUAAAUAUAAAUAUAACCACAUCAUUUUUAUAUUUGUAUCAAUAUUUAUUUGCAAAUUUAAAUUUUAAAAAGGAAUUGAAUGAAGUUAAAAAUUCUAAAAUAGAAAUAUACAAUGAUCUACAUUCAGAAAUAAUUAUAUUUUAUAAAACAAGAACAAAAAAUAAUAACUAUGUAUGGAAAUUAGUUAUAAUAAAUAAAAAUGAAUAUCAUGAAUUCCCAUGUGAAUGUUUAUAUUUUUGUAUAAACAAAAAGAAAGAAAAAAAUACAAUAAAUUCUGAAUUUCAAGGUAUGAAUAAAAAUUCAGAAGAUUAUAUGAUAACUAAUGAAAAUGACUUAAAUAAUUUAUUUAAAAAUAUAUCUAAAAUAGGUUUCAAAAAGCAAAAUAUAUAUAAUUUAGUUUCUAAGCAUGAAAAACAUUUAUUGUAUGAUAAUACGCAAAGUGUUUAUGACAUUUUAUAUCAAUUUACUUAUAAAAUGCCAUUUCUGUAUAAAAAUUAUGAUAACGAUAACAAAAUUAUUAAUAUUAUUAAAAAAAAAUCAUCUUGGAUAUAUAUAGGAGUUCUUUAUACGGACGAUUUGUAUUCCCGUGCUUACAAAAUACCAAACGUUAAAUAUAAUCUUCUUGUCGAACCCGAAAUCGUUAGGAACAAAUGGUGCCUAUGCAUAGGAACGUGCAUUCAAAUUGAAAAUAACACGGGACUAUAUUUUCGAAUAUACAAAGAAGGAAAGACAAAUUACUUUUCUAGAGUAAAUUUCAAAUGGUAUAAACGAAAAAAAAAUAAAUCCAAUAGCAAUUAUUCCAUGUGGGAAAAAGAUACAAAGAAAGGUUCACAUGAAAGUUCUAAAUCAAGAAAUGAUAAUAUGAAAAUAAAAAGUUAUAACAGAAAUUUUAUAUCUUAUAUGGAUAAAAUAAAAAAAAUGAAAAAGACAAAAGAGAAGAAAAUAAAAGAUAAAGAUUAUAUAAAUAUUUUACCUUUUAGUAAAAGAGCUAUACCUAUAUUUUGGUUAUAUGAUUGUACAUUACCAUAUAUAAAAAUUCUAAGGAAAAAAGAUAAAAAACGUCAUAAGAAGAAUAUAAGAAAUAAUUAUAAUGAUGAAAGUUUAGAUAUAGAAGCUGUUCCAUUCAAUAUUUUAUAUAAACUUUUAAAUAAAUAUGCUUUAAAUAAUAAUAAUCUUUAUCAAAAAAAAUUGGAUAUUUCACCUUUUGAAUUAAUAUUUAAAAGUUUAAUCAUGUUUUAUUGUUAUGUAAAAGUAAAAGAUGUACCUACUCAACAUAUAAAAGAGACAUCAUAUAAUUAUUCAAUUGUUAUUGAACCAAUGGUAACAAUUAAAAAUAACCUACCAAACCCUAUAACUGUUAUAGUUCGAUUAAAAAAGGAUAAAAAUAUAUUUAAUUUGAGCAAAAAAAAAUAUGACAAUAAAGUUGAAGAUAAAAUUUUUUAUAAUAACAAUAAUAAUAAUUUUAAUAAUAAUGAUAAUAUUAAUAAUAAUAAUUAUUAUCAUUAUUAUUUUAAUCAUUAUAGUAAUUACGAAAUGAAUGAUGAUAUAACCAAAAUAUUGAAAAAACAAGAAAUGUUUGCUUUAGUCCCUCCUCAUCAUUAUUGGUCCCUACCUAUUUGUUCUCAAGCAUUUUAUAUGAAAAUUUUCUAUCAUGGUCUGCAAAUUGAAAAAAUGAAUUUUAUUUGUGAUUAUAUGAAUGAAUUAACAAAUUACUUUGAUUAUAAAAAUGUUAAGCUUCCAGAUAUCAAUGAACACCCCUUAUUUACGAGCAAAUUUACUAAUAGUAUUAAUAAGGAGCAAAAACAAAACAGAAAUAGGAAAAAUAAUUAUAUGAAUAGUAUGGAUAAUAAUGAAAAUAUACUAUAUCAGAAACAAUAUGAUAAAAACAUUUUAGAUGAAAUUAAAAAUGAUAACAACAAUGAUACAAAAGACAUAUACAGUAAUAAUGAUGUUGAUAAUGAAUAUUAUUAUAAUGAUCGCAAUAGAAAUAUUAAUUAUUGGGCAUACAAAAAUUCACUUGAGUCACAUAAAAAAAAUGACAGUGUAUACCUAUACGAUGAGAUUAUAAAACAAAUACAAAAAGAUGAGAUGUUGGAUAAAAAUAAUUUUAACCAUAAUAAAAAAAAUAAAUAUAAUAAUAAUUAUUCAUUCAAUAAUAAAUCCAAUUUUUUUAGAGUAAAUAGAAAAAAUUCAAAUAAUUAUAGUAACAAUGAUGAUAAUAAUAAUGAUGAUUAUGAUAGUGAUUAUUACCUUAGUUCGAAUAAGAAAAAAAAAAUGAUGGAUACAAAUAAUUUCUUAUAUGUUAGUGAAGGGUUUUUCCCUAUAUAUAUGCCAACAACUGAUACUAUCACAACUACAAAAAUUUUAAAUCAUAAAUAUGGGUUAAUAGGAAAUAUAUUUUCAUACGAAGAAUUAAAAUUUAUUUAUUUUGAAAAUAAGAUAAAUCAAAUGAAUAGAAAAGUGUAUGAUAAUUUAUAUAUUUUCAAAAGUAUUACUAUGUCCGCUGAUGUAUCUCGUAGAAAAAUUGAUUUUUAUUUUCCUUUCUUUUUUGAAAAUACAACAAAUGUAUGUCUAUAUGUUAACAAUAAAUUAUUACCUCCUAAUAGUCGUUUAUAUAUGACAGAAGAAGAAGCAAAGAAUGUGAAGAUAAAAUCAUAUAAGCAUGAUAAUAUGAAUAAUAAAAUAUUAUGUAGUAAUGUUAGUAGUAAAAUUGAUUGUACAAAAACGAAUAUGAUACGUCCUUUAAUAAAUUUAGUUUAUAGAAAAAUAAAUAGAAAACAAAAGGUAAGGUUUUGGGAAAAAUAUGAAGAACGAAAAAAGAAAAAUGUUAGAGAUAAUAAUCAUUCUAAUAAUUAUAGUGCAAAUGUUAAUGUGAUAUCCUUGAAAGAUGAAAAAAUGAAGAUGAUAAAUCUAAAUGGAUUUAAUGAUAAAAAGGAAGAGAUAGAAACAAUGCUUAAUGAAGAAAUUAAUAUUGAAGACAAACAUAGAACAAACGAAAAUAUAAAUUAUUUACAAACUUGUGUAGUUAAACAAAAUACACAAAAUGAAAAUCAUGAAAUAAUAGAUAAACUGAAUAAUUAUCAAAAUGGAAAAUUGGAAAAAAAAAUGAAUGACUCUAUCCUUUCAGUUAAUUUAAGUGAAUCUAUUGAUACUACAACAAAUAGGAAUUAUUCAUGUCAUGCUAAUUCUUCUAAAUAUACAGAACUGUUACUCAAUACAAGUGAAAAUAGUCAUAACAAAAUAGAUAAAGUUAAAAGCCAUAAAGCACAUAAAAAUGUUUUUAAAUAUCUCUUAAGAAAUGACAGGUUGUUAUUUAAAAGAAGAAGAAUGAAUAAAAACAAAAAUAAAAUAAAAAAAUAUAAAAACGCAAAUAAAAAAAAUAACAACGUAGAUGAUGAUUAUAAUAAUAAUAAUAAUAUUAGAAGGAGUGGAAGAAAAGGAUUGAGAGCUUUUGAUAAUAUAAAAAUAAUGAAGAAAUUUAGAUUAUUCAAUAAAACUAUACAAUCCAGCAAAUUAAAAGAACAAGAGGAUGAUCUGGAUCGUUUUGAUGAUACUGAAGGCGAAGAAAUAGAUGAUCAAGAAUCUGAAGAACAUUAUGAUGAAAAUAAUGAUGAGAAUGAUGUUUAUAAUGAUGACUAUAAUGAUGAAUAUAAUUAUGAUGAUAAUAACGAUGACUACCAUAAUGAUGUUCAUAUUCACAAUGAUAAGCCUCUCACACUAAAUCGAUCCAUUAAUAGUUCCCCACAUUAUGAACAUGAUGAAAAUGUAGUUACUCAAAAGAAGAAAGAAAAACCCCAAAAUGGUAGGACAAGAGAAAAAGGAAAAAUGAAAAAUUAUAUAUUUAAUAGAAAUUCAUACACUAAUAAAAAACGCGAUAAAAAAAAGAUUUCAUCUAACAAAAAGAAAGGGAUAUCCAAAAGAAAUUCUAAUCAAUUUUCUAAAAAAUUCAAUUAUGAUAUUAUGAAUAUUUAUAAUGAAGAUGUAAUAAAUGAUGUAGAGAAUGAUCAAGACACAUCAGAUGAACGUGGAGAAAUGGAAGCUUCAAAUAAAUCGAAAAAAAGUAAAUUAUUUAAAAAUAAUAGUAUUUUAAGUUUGAAUGUUAAUGAAAAAAGAAAAAAGAAAAUUACAAUUAAAAAUUCUACAAAAAGGAAGAGUAAUAAAAAUAUAAAAUAUGGUUUAAAGAUGAAAUUUUCAAUAAAUCCUUUUUUUAUUAAUACUACUGAGAAAAAGAAAAAAUAUAAUGAGGAAGAAGAGAAUAAUUAUGAUGAAAAUAAUAUGAAUAAUUCUGACAAUUUUAAUUCAUCUGAAAAAUUAACAGACAGUAGUAAUUCUAAACAAAGCGAAAAAGAUGGAAUCGAAUUUAUUAGUGCUAAUGAUGGUUAUAUGAUUGAAAAAAAAUUAAACAAAUUUGAUGAGAACGAGUUAAACACAAGCGAAAAUAUAAGAAACAUUGAGAAAAAUAAUUUUAUUACAAAUGAAGUAGACGAUAAAAUCGAGAAUGAAGAAGAUGCUGUUAAUGACAAAGAAGAAAAUUAUAAUGAACAUAAAAUAGAAAACGUACCAAAUGAAGAAAAAAAAGAAAUGCUAUAUAAAUAUAGUUCCGAAAAAAGGAGUAAAGAAACAAGAAAAAUAAAAAUAAAUAAAAAGGAUUCGAAUGAAGGAGAUUACUUAUCACUUGGUAUUUGUGUUAGAUAUGCAGAAGAACCAUUUAAUAAAUCUAAAAUUGUUACAUUUGUAAAUAGUUAUAUAUUUAUAAAUAGGUUACCAUUCGACAUCAAAAUAGUUACUGACUCUGUUAGAAAAAAAACGGAAACUUUUUUUAUAAGUCCGAAUAUUAAUAAAAUAGAAAUAAAUGAUACAUAUAAAAAUUUAUUUCAACUAGAAGGGAAAAAAUUGAAUGAAUAUAAAUCUAACAAUGUCUCAAUACAACCAUUAAUAGAAGAAAAUGAAGCAUUUUGUGAAAAACAAUUUAAUAAUAGUAAUAGUUUAAUAAGAAACGAAAAUAUUAGUAAUUAUGAAAAGAGUAUAAAUCAAAAUGGAGACGAAGUAUCAUGUAAAAUGAACACUAGCAAUAAUCAAAAUAAUAUUAUAAAUAAUAAUAAACAUAAAGAUAUAUAUAAUUUUGGUAAUGAUAAUUUUAAAAAUAAUAAUGAAAAUAUAAAUGACAUUUAUCUUAUUAAUAAUGAUUACAGUAUUAGUAAGACAAACAAAUUAAAUAACCAUAAUAAUAAUAAUAAUAAUAAUAAUAAUAUUAAUAUUAAUGGAAAUAUUGCAUAUGUAGAUAAAAAUGUAAGUGAUAAUAUAAAGAAAGACUCAUCAAAAUAUGAAUUAAAUGAAGAAUAUAAAGAUAAUAUAAAAAAUAAAGGGGAUGAAAAAGGAGUAAAAAACAAAUCUAAUGAAACGUAUAUAAGAAAAGGAGAAAUAGUAUCAUUUCAUUAUCAUCGUAAUAAUAUUAGAAUAAAAGAUAGUGAAGACAAAUAUAGCUCGUUACCAUUUUCAUUAAUACCUAAAAAUGUACCAUCAAAUUUUCAAAUAGAAUUAUUUAAUGUUAACAAAUCACAAAUUAAUAACACUAAAAAUUUAUUAGUAGAAAUAAAUAUAUGUAGUGGUAUUUUUGGUGAUAAACAACAAUUACCAUAUACAUAUAAUGGAUACUUUUAUAUUCUUAGUCUUCCAGUCAGACCACAAUUUGAAAUAAUCAAUGCUACUAAAUUUAUAAUUGCAUAUGCAACUGAUAUUAAUAAAUAUACGAAAAGAUAUAUUAAUAGUAGUAAUUAUAAUACUUAUUUAAAUAGAUAUAAUAAGGAUGGUGAUUAUUCAGUAAAAAUGAUUUAUCCUUAUAGCUCUAUUUAUUAUACAUUAAGACAUAAUAAUGAAAUAGAAUCAUCAAAAAUUGCUUUAAAAAUUGUAGGAGUACAAAAAAGUUCCUGGUGCAUAAAUACAAUAAACUCUUUUAUUGACAACGUUGUUACAUUACCAUAUAGAAUAUAUGGAGAUAAUUUAUCAUCACGUAAGAAUAAAGGAAAUGUGAAAAAUGAAAUAUUUAAAGGAAAUAUGUCUCAAAUGUCAUAUCAAAUGAAUGAUUCAUCUUCCGAUAAAUUAAGUUCUAAAAGUGAUUCAAUUAAUUAUGAUAAUAUGGAACGUUAUAUAAACGAUGAGGAAGAGAACGAUAAUUUAUUCCUUGGUCAUAAUUUAAUAAAUAAAAAGUUAUAUUCCUUUUUAAUUAUAAGAGAUAAUGGUAGUAGAGCUAUUGUGAUUACGGAAAAAUAUAAUUUGGCUAGAAAAAUUGUUAGAACCAAAAAUUUUAGUAAAAUUCAUAAAUUGAUAGCAUUAAAUAGCAGGAAAAAAAUAUUAUUAUCACAAAAAAAUAAUAAUAAGAAAUAUAUAUUAAAUAAUAAUAUGAAAAAUUUUAUUUAUUUUAAUUUUCCAAAUGUACCAAUAAUAUAUAAAUUUAAUAUACCUAGAAUUACCUUUACAUGGAUACAUAGACAAGAUGUUAUUAUAGCUAUCCAUUUAACUAAAUUAAAAUAUAAUGGACAUAUAUAUCCUAAAGAAAUUGUAAAUAACGAUAUUACAGAAAUGUUUACACCUAUAAAUAUCUUAAAGAAAAAAGAAUUAAACGAAUAUGUACAAUUUGUUUUCUUAAACAGUUAUAUUAAUUCCAUAUUUCUAAUUGAACAAAUCCAUAUAGAUCAUUUUGUAAAAGGUGAUAUUCCUGUUAUUUUGAAGAGUACUAAUAUUGAAGAAGAUGAGAAAGAAAAUAUCUUUUUAUAUAUACAUAUAAAACAAUAUUGUGUUGAUUCAUUAAAACAAGCACCAAUAUAUCAAAGCAUAACCAUAAAAAUAUCUCCCUUAAAUGCUAAUAUUGAACUAUUAGUAAUUGAACAAUUAAUUGAAAUAAUAGAAAAAGAAAAACAAUUAUUAUUAUUAUAUGAAAAAAACGAUAAAUCUUUACCUCCACUCGUAAGCACAUCUAAAACAGCUAAAAGUGCAAUAAAUACAACAUUGAAAAUUUAUUCAGAUAGGAACUUUUUACAAAUGCUAUAUAUGGAUGAAUAUAUAAAACAUAAAAUGGGAUACGACGUUUCCGAACAAACAAAUAUAGGAAUUGAAAAUAAUAGAUUAAUAAAUGAUGUAAAUAUAAUUGAUAACACAAGUUAUAAAAUGAUAGGUCAUAAAAAAAAAGUUGAUAAUAUAUAUAACGAUAUUAAUAAUGUAAACAUCAAACCUAAUGCAUAUUCUUAUUAUUUUAACUCGUCCAAAGCUAGAAUGUUAAAAAAUAAUAAAAUUAUUAAUAUUAAUAAUAUAUUCCCUAAUAUAUAUUCAGAUGAUAGUACUAAAAGUUCUAAUUCUAGUAAAUCUAGUCAUAAAAAUAAACAAUAUAUUUUAGAAAAGAAAAUAUGUAAAUUAUUAUUGGGUUAUUAUAAAUAUAAGAAAAUACAUAAUUUAAUUAAUAAUACAUUUUAUAAUAUAAAUAAUAUAAAUGAUGAAUUAUUAUUACCAAUAAAAAUUCAAUAUUUUAAAAACAAACAAAUUUUUAUGAAUGCAUUUUCCUCUCAUUUAUUUUUACAUCCAAAUCCAAGAUGGAUAGAUAAUAAAAGUAAACCUGUUUAUAUAAGAGAAUUUAAAAUUUAUCCAAUAGAAAUAAUUGCAUCUAUAAGAACAUCAGAACAUCGAAUUUCUAGAAGAGUCUUACAUAUAGUUGAUGCAUUGCCAUUGGAUACGCCUUCUAUGCGUAUACGUUUAAUAUCACAAAAAAGAAAUUAUAUUGUUUGCACAUGGGAUGGAUUAUUUCAGUCAUUACGAAUAUCUUAUUUUAGACAAUUAUUAAGACAAUCUUUACCAAGUGCAUGGUUAUCUAAUCCAUUUGCUAUUAUAAAAGGUUUUAUAAAAGGCUUAUGUGCAUUAUAUAAAGAAUCCGUUAGAGGCGUUAAAACAAGUUCCAACUUUUUUGAUGGUUUUAUGUCAGGUUUUAAGUGUGGAAUUAUUAUAUUAGUUGUUAAUACUGUUGGUGGGUUAUUUCAAUCAUUGAGUCAUAUGUUAAAUGUAUGUCACAAAUUAAUGGGUGGUUCAAGACCUAGACCACCAAGUAUUUUAGAUUCAAUCAUUUUAGGAUUAGAUGGAUUAAUUUUAGAUACAUUCUAUAGACCUUGGGUUUCUUUGGUAACACAACCUAUCAUAUCUAUUAAUAAGGGAAAUAGUACUUUUAAAACUACUUGCAUAAUUAUUGGUUGUAUUCUUCGAUGUAUCUUUUCACCUGUUUUUGGAUUAUUAAACUUUUCCGCAUCUAUAACCGAAGGUUUCGCUAAUACUUUAAUAGGAGACUUUGAGAGAUUCUCUAGAGUUCAAGAGAGAGCUGAGUUUGAGACAGAAAAGAUUCAUAAAUCCAAUGCGACAUUUAAAAAGAGCAAAACAUUAAAAAAAGUAGGAAAAAAAAAGGUUUAA